GAACUGUUGAACUCUGUAAAAGCUUUUUCGCAAUCCAAGCUAACCAUUCCAAUUAGAAAAUGUCAAAAAUACUCAGAAGCACACUUCUAUUUCACAUUUUCUUUGUGGUGUAUGCCUCAUCGAUCAAAACAUCAAGUACCUGUGAAAAUAUGUAUGAAUCUUACAAUAUCUGGGUUCCAGGAGAUAUCAUCAUUGGAGGUCUCUUUCCAGUACAUGUAAAGAUUGUAAAUGUAGUUGAUGUCAAAAAACCAGAGGGUGAAACUUGCAAAGGAUUUGACGUGCGAGGUCUGGUAAAAGUUCUUGCCAUGAUCCACUCCAUUGAGAUGAUAAACAAUUCAACUCUGUUACCUGGAAUCAAACUGGGAUACAAAAUAUAUGACACUUGUACGGAACCAACAAUGGCGUUGAGAGCAGUCAUGGAGUUUCUUUCUAAAGCCAACUCUUCAGACAACUGUGUUGAAGUUCACUGUAAUUAUACAGAUUACUUGCCAACUGUUAAGGCAGUUAUAGGAGCUGCUACGUCAGAAGUUAGCAUUUCAGUAGCACGAUUGUUGAACAUAAACCUUAUGCCUCAGAUCAGCUACUCAGCUUCUGCUAAAAUUCUGAGUGAUAAGACUCGAUUUCCUGCAUUCUUGAGAACUAUUCCAAGUGACACCUUUCAGAGUAAAGCCAUGGCUAUGCUGGUUCAAAAGUUCGGUUGGAAUUGGGUGGGAACUAUUGCAAGUGACGACGACUACAGCCGUUCCGGAAUAGAUAGCUUCAUUUCUGAAGCUGAGCGCCUGGGCGUAUGCAUUGCUUUUCAAGAGAUUAUUCCAUUUUAUUCAUCUGAUCGGGUCACAACUUCCAGAAUAAAAGAAGUAGCAAACAUUAUCAUUAAUCGAACACGAGUGAAUGUCAUUGUUAUGUUUGGUAGAGCCUCUCAUGUCGUUGAGCUGUUUGAAAUAUUAAGUACUCAUAACAUAAGCAAAGUUUGGAUUGCCAGUGACAGCUGGUCAAGUAACAAUAAUAUUACUCGUUUGGAAAAAAUUCAGAACAUUGGGAAUAUUAUUGGAUUUGCAUUUAAAAAAGGAAAUAUUUCAAAGUUUGAAAACUAUGUGAAAAAUUUGUCAUUUAAUUUGACAAAUGGAAAUAUAUUUUUAAAGAAAUAUUACCUGCUUUAUAACUUUUGUACAGCAGUUCUACGUGAAGAUCUAGACACAUGUAUUUCAAAUGAAAGAUAUCAAGGCAAAUAUAAUAAAUAUCAUGAUGUCAGCAAUGACAUGGAACUGAAAACCCAUGAAAAUGACUUCCUUUUGAGUAAUGUUGAACCAGGUGUUACUUCCAGCAUACAGUGGUCAGUGAUUGCUCUUGCACACGCACUUCGAAAUCUACUAAAAUGCAAUGAAGGAAUUUGCCAAGGAUCAUCAGAUUUUGCACCUUGGAAGUUAUUGAAAGAACUGAAGAACGUGAACAUAACUAAAGAAGGCAAUAGAAUCCAAUUUGAUUCUUCUGGAGAUUUUGUCUCUGGAUAUGAUAUCCUCAUGUGGAAAUCAAUCAAUGGCAAGAUGGCAUUUGAUCACACAAUUGCAGAAUAUGAUAUACGGAGCAAUAAAUUUAAAAUUAAGGAUCCAAAGUUCAAUGCUUUUCAGAAUGUGGUAUCAAAAUGCUCGAGCCCCUGCCAACUUGGGCAACUAAAACUGUCCUCUGAAGGCCAACACACAUGCUGCUAUGAUUGCGUAAACUGCAGUUUAAAUAUGUUCUCCAAUAUAACUGAUGCACAGCAAUGUUUUCAUUGCUCAGAAGAUGAAUGGGCUCCAACUGGAAGUGCCUCAUGCAAAAAAAAAUCCAUUGUAUUUCUUGAGUGGAGGAAUGCAUUUUCUAUAGUACUGCUAAUUUUUUCAGCCCUUGGAAUAGUCUUAAUAUUUGUAAUAAUUGUUAUCUUCAUCAAGAACAUUGACACACCAGCUGUUAAAUCCAAUGGUGGUCACCUAUCCUUCAUUAUGCUCUUCUCUUUGAUACUUAGUUUUGCAAGUGUCUACUUUUUUAUUGGAAAACCAAGCAAUGUCACCUGCAAAAUUAGGCAGUGUUUAUUUGGCAUCAGCUUUACUCUUUCUGUUUCAUGUGCUCUGACAAAAUCACUUGCAAUAUUACUAGCAUUUAACUUUAACCCGGCUUUUCAAAAGUCUUUGAAAAAUUUCUACAAUCCAUGGCUCAUCAUAGGUUUCUGUACAGGACUUCAGGUUAUCAUUUGUACAAUGUGGUUGAUUUUAAAUGGUCCAAGAGCUGACAGGGAUGUUAGAAGACUCCCAAGAGAAAUUUUGCUGGAAUGUCAUGAGGGUUCUUAUGUAGCAUUUGCUGUUAUGCUUGGGUAUAUAGCAUUCCUUGCACUGAUUUGCUUUAUAUUUGCCUUUAAAGGUAGAAAGCUGCCGGAAAAUUAUAAUGAGGCCAAGUUUAUUACAUUUAGUAUGUUGAUUUACUUCAUUUCGUGGAUUACCUUUGUACCUGUCUACGUAACCACUAAAGGUCAGUUUCUCCCAGCAGUGGAAGUGGUUACAAUUUUAUCUUCAACCUAUGGGAUAUUAUGCUGCCAGUUUUUCCCCAAAUGUUACAUCAUUUUGUUUAAGAAAGAAAAUAACACUACUAGUUCAUUUUUGAAAAAUCUGUAUGACUACUCACUGAAAAGUGCAAAAAUUAUUUCAGACAGUAAAAUUUCUCCAAACUCUUCAUUUAGCUCUCUUCCUCCCUUGUCCCUCACAAAUAACAGCUUACAAAACUCAGUUAAAAUAAAUUCCAAUUCUUUCAUAGAAAGCAACAAAAUCAAUUGGACUCCAAGGAAGAGAUUUUUCAGUCUGUAAAUGUUUAAUUGAUGAAAUGGAUUUCUACUCAAAAUAUUCACUUCAUAUUGAGGGUUAGUCAUCUGGAUUUGAGCAUAUAUUGUGGUCAUUUCACUUCUGACCACAGUAGCACUAACGCACUUUGUUACAUUUGAGCCUUGGCUUUUAGGAACAAUUGAUUGUACCUUAAGUGGUAGAACCAAAAUCCAUAUUUCAUUAAGUUCUUUCAUCCUGUUUCCGUGCACCUCAAAUACAACAUAUUAGGUAAAGAUGAGUAGCAUUGCUGCAGCAAUUCAAGAGAUCCAACAGCACUCCCUCCAGAUUACACAGGUUGGGUAAAAAGUAGGUGUUGGCCACUAUCACCCACAACUGCAGACAGAGUAUCAUACUCCCAUUACCUGAUAAUGGUGCUAUUAGUUGCCUUAGGAGAUUCUUGGAGCAGUAUAAAGUGAAUCAGCUGCUGAUUCUCUAUCUCUACUUGUCUGUCAAAGUGAACUAAUUGCGUAAACAAAUCUUACUGAGCAAACACUUUGAAAAAGCUCAUCAGUGCAGCAACAAUCUGUAGCACCAGAUUAUUCCACAACUUCUCUCUUGUUAAUUAUAGUUCAAUGAGAGAAAAUUUCCAGCCUAAUAUUCAAAAUGUUCUGUUUAUUAACAACAAAAACACAUUGGCCAUGGCAGGCAGGUAUUAAAAACAGACAUGCAAUUUAUUUCACCUGUUCGAAUAUCAAUCAAAACUACUUUUAAGUUAAUAUAUUGGGUGUUUUGUUUGUGUAAUUAUACAAGUAAACAUUGACCGUUCUGUGUGCGAAUUUUUUAUACCCAUACAAAUAUAAAAGACUUUACACUUCAUAA